GAGCUUUUAACGCGAUUAGUAUUUAAAUGGGUCUGGGAGUUAUCGCAUGUUCUCACAAUGGACAUGACACAAUUUCGCGAUUCUGCCGAACUUUCAGAUUUUACAGUUUACAUAAAUAAUGAAAGAUUUAAACUUCAUAAGUUUCCGCUUUACACGAAGUCAGAUUACUUCAAAGAGAUAGCUAGCAGCAAUCCUGUUUGUCAAAUAAGUGAUUUUCCUGGUGGUUCCAAGACUUUCUCUGUUAUUGCCGAUUUUUGUUAUGGUAAAGAAAUAAGUAUUUCGUCUCAGAAUGUUGUUUAUUUGUAUGCUGCCGCUGAGUUACUCAAAAUGAGAGGAAGAGAAAAUAUGCUAGAGAUAUCGAAGGAAUUUAUUGAUAACAUAUUUCGUAAUGCCUACGAAACAAAGGAAAUUUCAGAUUUAAUAUGUGUUUUAUGUUCAGCGUACAGUUUGAAGUCCGAUGUGGUGAAGAAGCUGUAUGAUGAAUCAGUUGAAGUGUUGUUGUCUUUAUGGCUUCAUGAAGAAAAUGGAUUCAAACGGCUUUAUACUGGUCAUAGCAAAUCAUCAUCAGAUUGCAGCAUACUACACGAUGACCAGUUUAUAGCGGACUAUCUCGUAUACGUACCUUUAGGGACUAUUAUCAAACUGGUUGAAUUAGCUAGGGAUAAGCGAGUGGAUGAAAAGAUUAUUUUGAGUUUAUGUGCCAAAUACUUAGGUAGAAUUUUGGAUCAUUUUGAUGCUACAGUCCAAGAUAAAGGUGAUAAUGGAAAAGCUUCAGAUGCUCAAAACCUUACGGACUCUAAAAACGUUAAAGCAAAAGAUACUUCAUGUGAUCAUAACCAUCCAUUUUGUGGUUUAUGUCUACUAGUAAAGAUUGACCAUCAAAAGAAACUUGAAAAGCUCUAUGAGGAUAAUCCCAGCCUGUAUGAAACCCUUAAAAACUCAUUAGAACAAUUCGAAAAUGUUUUUGAAGUACUUAAACAACCAGUUGAUUUGUCUGAUUUCAUUAAUAAAAUAUGGAUUACUAAGGCAUUGAUACUAACAGAUCCAAAUCGUGUAAAAACUAAAUGUCGACCAGAUGUUUUAAAGAUAGCCAACAAAAUACUGUCAAGUUUAGAUGAAGAAGAUUAUGAUCAACUGUCUCCAUCAGUUCUUAACGAUAUAAUUUGUGCUAAUGAUACAAAGGUUGUCAAACAACAAACAGUAGAAGAAAUUACCAGCCUUUCAAGAAGAAGUUCUAAACAACGACAAAGUUUUGCUGAGGGUGAUACAAAUGAAAUUCCCAACAACUGUAGAAGACGAAGCAGUAUCAAAGAACAACAACCGGAAGCAAACACUAGCGAAAGUAAUGCUAAUACAGUGGAAACAAAGCUAGAAUUACCAGAAACUGUUCGACACCAGAUUAUUAGAUAUAUGUAUAGGAAGGCUGAAGAACAAAAGCUUACACUGGAGGAUUAUAUACAAUUUCUUAAAAAGAUUCAAGCGUCAAAUUCACAAACUUCAGUAGACGAUGAUUUGGUGAAUAUUUUGAAAAAGUUAACUGAGUCAGGUCAAAAACUUAGUGAGGAAGACAAAAAGGAGAUAAUAAACUACAUUAAAUUGAACAACUGUACAGCAGAUACAUUAAAUGACGUUCUGGGUAUGGAUUUAUUCCCGCCUAAAGCAAUUGCCGAAGCAGCUUUGUAUGUUGCAAACCAGGCACAGGGAAAACAAAUUUGUCCUUUAGCUAAGUUUAGAGGAUGUUCAGAAUAUCCGUACAUAGGAUUACGUAAUUCUUAUUACACAAAACCAUCAUCUUUACCAAUGCGAGGUAGAUCUCAAUACAGAGACAAUUUUCAGUGUAGUUCACAUUGUUCAAGAACACUUUUCCCUUCUUACAGUAAUACAUCGCGUAGUUCAUCGUUGAAUGCUCGUCCAUCAAGUGGUUGUAAAGACUUUCAUUGUCGUCCACCCCUGUUACCGUGUUAUCCUUUUCAACCAUAUCCAAAUGGCAGUAAAUAUUGUUUUGAUACAUGUAGUGCAAAGUAUUCAAAUCCAUCUACUAUGAAUAAUAAUAAUAAUAGUAACUAUCUAAGAAAAAGUUUCAAUAAAGGCAAUAUACAUUAUCCUGCUGAUACAUUCAAUAAUUUCAAUGAUUACUCAAAGUCAUCAUGGAGACAAAAAUAUCUCACAACAACAACAACUAAUAAUAAUCUAUAUUAAAUGAAGAAAUUGAAACAUUCGUUUACUUUUUCUAGAAAAAAAAUAAACAAGUGACAAUCGGGAGAAACUGUUGCUCAUGUCUAUCUUAAGCUGUUAUUCUUCUCUCUUCAAUUUAAUAUAAGGGGGACUUAAAGUGCUCAGUUGUAUUUUUUUCUUUGCUGUAUUCUCAAAUGUUCAGCAACAGUUAAUAAGUUCUUUUUUUGACUGUAUGUGAUAUGUACACAUAUAAGUAUACCUGUUCACCUAUUUUGUCCUGGAAUUCUCUAGUAAUAUGACUGAGUAUAUUUAUAGAUAUGUCAAUACAUCUACUAGUUUCUCAACUAUCUCAUGAAAUUAUUUUUAACCUGCUUUCCCCACCACCCCCCCACACACACAGAUAGACAUACAAACCUUUGCCCUUCAUUGUGUUUGUUUUCUGAUUGCUUAGAUCAAUUGACGAUCAGGUAUCAUUCAAUUUAUGAUCAUUAUUGUGUCAUUAUUAUUAUUAUUAUUGUUACUGUUAGAUCAACAUGAACAUUUUUUAAUUUAUUUUUUUAUAAUUGAUUUAUUCAAAUUUAGAAGCAUAUAUAUAC